CUAUUCAAUGGAGCACUACGAAUUUUCUAUGCAAUGACUUGCCCUGGAUGAAACACCAGAGUUAUAAAGAAAACAAAACUUUCAGUACGGAAUAUGGGGAGUAAUCCUUUUGAUUUUGAUUCAAAACUCAUACAUUUGUAAUUCAGAUAUAUCAAGCAGAACUCUUAUACAGUGAAUAUUCUUUCUUUUGUUUGUCUAGAGUUUUACAAUGAAGAAAAGCCCUCCUCUUAACUCUUCUUUUCCUCUCUCUAGCCUUUUGAUGCUUAUAACUGUCUAGCAGAUCAAUGGAUACUUUAUUACUAGGUGGCUUGGGAGCAUUACCUUAGUCUUUUAUAAUUGCAUGUAAAGUUUUGAUGUCAUUGCAACAAACUUGUUGUAUAUUUGAGUAGUUUGGUGGUACUAUUCUUCAGUUCAGUGUUCAAUAAAGCAAGGGUGCCUGCUAUUUUUCUGUUUAUGAGCAUUCAGAAGAAAAGCUCUGUCUCUAAAUGGUGUUUGUUGUUUUGAAGUGGGGAGAGACAAAAAGAUGAGCAUAUAAUGGUGGUCAAAGAGUGAUUUUGCUUUUCACUGUGUUCUGAAACUUCAGGUAUGGUUUUCUGGUUUUGAUAAUAGGGUUCUUGCCUCUUGGGGUUGGUUGAAGAGAAAUGGAUUGGGCAGAGAAACAAUACUAUAAUAUUCCUCUCUGUUCAGGUUUUUUUGUUUUCUUAACCAGCUGAAGUUGGAGGGAAAGUGCCAUGUGGUGAGCUCAGAUGUGUGCACAUGGCUUCUCUCAUUCCCAAGCUUUGAGACUGUAAAUUAAUACAGGAAAACAGGGGUUUUGUGGUUUUCAAGAGAAUCAGUUGCAGUAGGAAGACCACCUGAUUUGUGUGUUUAGGAAUUAAAAAAAAAAAAAAGAAACCCAGUUUAAUAUAUAGGGAAGCAACUGGGGCUUGGGAAUUGGUGAUGGGUCUGUGAUGAGAGAAACAACCCAGAAAUAUAGUCCUAGUUUGCAAGUCCAGUUAUGUAAUCCAAACACAUAAUUCUUCUUUAUAUUCAACUUGCUUACUCUUUGCAAACCACUUCAGGUAUUACCUCCCUCGUAUCCUUUUGCAGGAUUCAAGCAAACUGGCUAGCUGGUUUCCUUCUUCUUGCCUUUUUGGUACUGCUAUUUAUUUGAAGUGCUGAUCGUAUAUAUGUCGUACAAAACCCCUUUCCUUUUCCCGGGUAUAUUUAUUUUUGAUCUAUGAAAGCCUUUCCUUCUUUAGGAUAUGUGUCUUUUUUAUUCACACAAGCAAGAAAUCAGUGGAAAAUGUAAGUUUGAGAAUGCCAAGCUCUUCUUGCUUCUGCAUAUGCCCUUCAUUCUCCCUUUCAGUCUAUACUGAAAAUCUGGAACAAAUUUAUCAAUACAUCAAUAUAAUGCUCUUCUACUUCUUGCUUUUUAGCCUUUAUUUCUUCAUAAUUUCAUUUCUAGAAUAAUCUUACCUUUCACCCUCUGCUUCUGUCUCUCUCCUCUGAUCUCACUCAAGCCGGUAGAAGGAAUAGGAAAACCUAGCUAUUUUUCCCUUGUAUAGUUCUUUUUGUCAGGUUAACCUUACUGAUAUAAGAUUAAGACCCUUUUUCUAGUCCAUGGAGUUGGAAAAGACAGUUGGGGAUCAGAUGGCUUCUCCAUUGUUUUUCCUCAACAACUCCCUGUCAUGGAUUGUUGUUCUUGCCCCGCUGGUCACAUUUGCUACUUUUUUUAUCUUCGGGUCCUCAUCCAUCCUCUUCACAUCUACAGUCUUGAUAUUGUCAACCGUUGUGUUCAUAUUUUCUAAGAGGAAAUCAAAAUUGGUGGAGAAAUCGGUGAAAGAAGAGGUACACAAGUCUGUCCUGGAAAGCUCACCUCAAAUGGAAGAUAUUUUGGCAUCAAAACAGCUGUACGAAAAUAAAAUUAAUACACAGCAAAAGCAAGCCUCGGAAGGAGAAGGUCAAUCCUGUCAGAUUCAUGACUAUUUAGUAAGAUCUCCGGAUGUCCUAUCAGAAAACGAAUGCGUGGACCAGUUAUCAACCACUGAGGAUUCUGAAGUGGACUGGCCAUUCCGAGACAACAUUGAUCAAAGCCCGGAUUACUCCGAUGGAUCCAUAUCUGAUGAGGACAGCCUCAUUGAAAUCUCACUUCCUGGAGGGCAUUAUGUUGGUCACAAGGAAGAAAAGCCUAAGUUUAGCAUGCAGCAGAAACUGCCAGAUUUUAUGCCGGAAUCCUUUUUUCAGCAACGGAGUCUAAUGGAGCUCUUAGCAGAGUUCAAUGAGAUGAAUGAGGAAGACAACCUGAUUGAGAUUGACAUAUCCAUGGGCUCCAUCAAGUGUUCAAGGUUUGAGAUCGAGGCUUAAGAUAAUGAUCUUAAUUUUACAUUUCUACGUCAAGUGUUUUUAAGUUUUUUUGAUCCAUCAGGAUUUGGUGUAACUUGUUACAAAUUUAGAAAUCUAAUAUUCCAGCAAUGUUCUGUGCUGCCAUUUCAUAUGAUGAUAUUAUUCUAAACUUCGAAGCAUCUGCUCAUAAAUUUAUUUA